UGCGCGUGUGGACGGUCCUCACUCGGCUUUUCACAUGCAAGAAAAGAAUCCCAGAGCACGGCAGUUAUACAGUAUUUCAGUUACUCAAUCCCAGCUUCUCCGCGUCUGCAGGCAAUCUUUAUCUUCAUGCUGUAUCACCAUAGACGUUUGUCCGAUUAGCCAGCUACGCGAUAAGACAGCAAUCAGCCGAUAGCAACCGCAACCGCCGAGAGUGGGCGCCCGAUAAGUGAGGGAGGACAACGAGACCACCCGCAGGAAAGAACUUCCGCAGAAGAACACCAGAGCUUCUCUGCGCUGAAGAUAUGGCACCAGCAGAUUCGCGGAAACCACACGAGUUGGCACAUGGAGGGCUCGGUCCGCCUCCUCUUACUGCUGCUGAAGUGCUCGCGCAUCCAGAGUUCCCGCACACGCACUGGGAUUUGAAGCCUGAUCGGAAGGAGAAGAUCGAUGUGGCGAAGGGGAGAGGCGGUCCUUUCAAGGUCGCUUAUGAGAUCCAUGGACAUGGCCCAUCUAAGAUUGUCUGGAUUAUGGGGCUGGGAGGCUUCAUGAAGACAUGGCAACGGCAGACCAGGGACUUCGGACAUACCCAGGCCGACAAGUAUUCAUGUCUCAUCUUCGACAACAGAGGUAUGGGUGAGAGCGACAAGCCACUUCUACGUUACACCACAUCUGAAAUGGCGCGGGAUGUGAUCGAAUUGCUCGACCACGUGGGCUGGACUGAGGACCGCAGCGUACACGUGGUGGGCAUCAGCAUGGGCGGCAUGAUAUCCCAAGAACUUUCUGCUCUCAUCCCGCAAAGAAUUUGUAGUCUGAACCUCAUCUCAACAGCACCAAGAGUCGUUCGAACAAUUCCUUUCCUUGACAACAUCAAGAACCGCAUCAAUCUCGUCAUCCCAAAAUCGCUCGACAACCAGAUUGCUAAAGUGAAAGGCGACUGUUACUCAACAGAAUGGCUCGCGAAACCCGACGAAACUGAAUACGUAGUUCAGCCUUUCCCCACAAACGGCGACCGCUUUGCCGCUGGAGAACUAAGCAAACGCCUCAACCCAGACGCUUUCACUUCGACCGGCUUUAUCUGUCAACUCUAUGCCGCUGGCUUCCAUCAUAAAUCUCCUGCACAGCUCAAGAAGAUCGGCGACGAAAUCGAUCGAAGGCGGAUUCUUAUCUUGCAUGGAAAACAGGACAAAAUGUUGGGUUUCGUGCACGCAGAAAUGUUGAUUAAGGAUUUCGGAGGAGAGGGGUCAGGCAUUACGACUUCGAUUCAUGAGAAAUUGGGGCAUGUUGCGCCAUUUGAGUUGAGGAAGGAGUUCAACAGCCUUAUUGCUGAGAGGAUCGAGAAGACGGAGGCUUUGAACAAGGAGUAGAGGACGUGGGUCUUUCGGUAUUGGGCAUUUUCGAGCAAGGCGCUGGUUCUGGGCAUGCGUUGUUGUCGGAUUGUGAAUAUUCUAACCCAGUAUAUUGGCGCAGAUAUGAACAGAGCUAUCUUUAGCCCAUCUCCGAGUUCUGUCCUCCUUACAACCCUUCUCAAGAUUGAACCCGUGGCCUCGUUUUCCGGUUGAUAAGAGAGCAUAUCCGGGAAUCUGGUCGCAAAUGCGAUUCGCCCUACGCUCACUUCUUACUCUUCUUUUCGAACGCCCCAUCAAGCUUCGUCUGACUGGGCUCUCUCUUAUGCCCUCUUGGACUAGCCUUCGUCUUCGCCUGCGGCGACGAAGCAGCACUCGCAUUCCCCUUCUUCCCAGACCCACUGCCCUUCGGAGUCGCUGGCGCCUUCAAAUCCACAUGAUCGUGUUCCGUCCCAUCUGCACUCUCCCACGACUG